AGGGAGGCACCUGGGAAGGCUCGCCCCGGCCGCCUUUCCCGCGACCUGCCCUGCUCCCGCGGGCCCUGCUCCGCGGCCGGAGCGCCGGGACCUGGCCGAGCCGGCGUUCGUGGGGAGCGCCCGGAGCCUGCUGGCCUCCAGCCUGCGCGGACAAGAAACACCUGCGCCGCGGGCAGGGCGACCCGCCUUCGUCUUGGCCCCCGAGAUAUCAGUAUGAACAACAUUACUCAGUUACCAGAAGAUGCAUUUAAGAACUUCCCUUUUCUGGAGGAGCUACGAUUGGCUGGCAACGACCUUUCUUUUAUCCACCCAAAGGCCUUGUCUGGGUUGAAAGAACUCAAAGUUCUAACCCUCCAGAACAAUCAGUUGAAGACAGUGCCCAGUGAAGCCAUUCGAGGGCUGAGUGCUUUGCAGUCCUUGCGUUUAGAUGCCAACCACAUUACCUCAGUCCCCGAGGACAGUUUCGAGGGGCUCGCUCAGUUACGACAUCUGUGGCUGGAUGACAACAGCCUGACGGAGGUGCCCGUGCAUCCCCUCAGCAAUCUGCCGACUCUGCAGGCACUGACCUUGGCUCUCAACAGGAUCUCAAGCAUCCCUGACUUUGCGUUUACCAACCUCUCAAGCCUGGUGGUUCUGCAUCUUCAUAAUAAUAAAAUUAAAAGCCUGGGUCAACACUGUUUUGAUGGACUGGAUAACCUGGAGACCUUGGACUUGAAUUAUAAUAACUUGGGGGAAUUUCCUCAGGCUAUUAAAGCGCUUCCCAGCCUGAAAGAGCUGUUAUUUCAUAGUAAUUCUAUUUCUGUUAUCCCUGAUGGAGCGUUUGAUGGUAAUCCACUCUUAAGAACUAUACAUUUGUAUGAUAAUCCUCUGUCUUUUGUGGGGAACUCAGCAUUUCACAAUUUAUCUGAUCUGCAUUCCUUAGUCAUUCGUGGCGCAAGCUUAGUGCAGCGGUUCCCCAACCUCACUGGAACCGUCCACCUGGAGAGCCUGACCUUGACAGGGACGAAGAUAAGCAGCAUAUCCAGUAAUUUGUGCCAAGAACAGAAGAUGCUCAGGACUUUGGACUUGUCUUACAACAAUAUAAGAGAGCUUCCAAGCUUUAAUGGUUGCCAUGCUCUGGAAGAAAUCUCUUUGCAGCGUAAUCAGAUCCACCAAAUAAAGGAAGGUACUUUCCAAGGCCUGAUAUCCCUAAGGAUUCUAGAUCUGAGUAGAAACCUGAUCCAUGAAAUUCACAGCAGAGCUUUUGCCAAGCUUGGGUCAAUAACUAACCUAGAUGUAAGUUUCAAUGAAUUGACUUCCUUUCCUACGGAAGGCCUGCAUGGGCUAAACCAGCUGAAACUGGUGGGCAACGUCAAGCUGAGAGAGGCCUUAGCAGCAAAAGACUUUGUUAAUCUCAGGUCUCUAUCUGUACCCUAUGCUUAUCAGUGCUGUGCGUUUUGGGGUUGUGACUCUUACGCACAUUCAAACCCAGAAGGGAAGAGCCUCCAGGACCACAGUGUAGCAGAGGACAAAGGUCCCGCAGAUGCAGCAGGUGUCACCAGCAGUGCGGAAAAUGAAGAGCACAGUCAAAUAAUUAUCCACUGUACACCCUCCACAGGUGCUUUUAAGCCCUGUGAAUAUUUGCUGGGAAGUUGGAUGAUCCGUCUUACUGUGUGGUUCAUUUUCUUGGUUGCACUGUUUUUCAACCUGCUUGUCAUUUUAACGACAUUUGCAUCUUGUCCGUCACUGCCUUCCUCCAAAUUGUUCAUAGGCCUGAUUUCUGUGUCUAACUUACUCAUGGGAGCCUAUACCGGCAUCCUAACUUUUUUGGAUGCCGUGUCCUGGGGCAGGUUUGCUGAAUUUGGCAUUUGGUGGGAGAUUGGCAGUGGCUGCAAAAUAGCUGGGUUUCUUGCUGUUUUCUCCUCAGAAAGUGCCAUAUUUUUAUUAAUGUUAGCAGCUGUCGAAAGAAGCUUAUCUGCAAAAGAUAGAGUGAAAAAUGGGAAAAGCGAUCAUCUCAGACGGUUCCGGAUUGCUGCCCUUUUUGCCUUUCUGGGUGCUGCUGUAGCAGGCUGUUUCCCACUUUUCCAUAGAGGGGAAUAUUCCGCAUCACCCCUGUGCCUGCCAUUUCCCACAGGAGAAACACCAUCAUUAGGAUUUACUGUAACGUUAGUGCUAUUAAACUCACUAGCAUUUUUAUUAAUGGCCAUUAUCUACACUAAGCUUUACUGCAACUUGGAAAAGGAGGACCUUUCAGAGAACUCACAUUCUAGCACGAUUAAGCAUGUUGCUUGGCUAAUCUUCACCAAUUGCAUCUUUUUCUGCCCUGUUGCAUUUUUCUCGUUUGCGCCAUUGAUCACUGCAGUUUCCAUCAGCCCUGAGAUAAUGAAGUCCGUUACUCUGAUAUUUUUCCCGUUGCCUGCUUGCCUGAAUCCAGUCCUGUAUGUUUUCUUCAACCCAAAGUUUAAAGAAGACUGGAAGUUACUGAGGCGACAUAUCACCAGGAAAGGUGGAUCGGUUUCAGUUUCCAUCAGCAGCCAGGCUGGGUGUGUGGAACAGGAUUUCUACUACGACUGUGGCAUGUACUCGCAUCUGCACGGGAACCUGACUGUGUGUGACUGCUGCGAGUCGUUUCUCUUGACAAAGCCAGUGUCAUGCAAACACUUAAUAAAAUCUCACAGCUGUCCCGCGUUGGCAGUGGCUUCUUGCCAAAGACCAGACGGCUACUGGUCGGACUGUGGCACACAAUCAGCCCACUCCGAUUAUGCGGAUGAAGAAGAUUCCUUUGUCUCGGACAGUUCUGACCAGGUGCAGGCCUGUGGACGAGCCUGCUUCUACCAGAGUCGAGGAUUCCCCUUGGUGCGCUACGCUUACAAUCUACCCCGAGUUAAAGACUGAAUUAAUGUGUUUGUAACUCUUUUCCCCUUCAACCAAAAUCACAGUGUUUGUAGAGUGAACCCUAGUCUGAUCUUUCUUUCAUCUGGGAAGCACUUCUGUAAUCACUGCCUGGUAUCACUUAGAAGAAGGAGAAGGUGGCAGUUUAUUUCUUAAACCAGACAUUUUCAAAGAACAAGUGCCUCAGCUAUCAAUUGGUGAACAAUGCCAUGUCCAAGCAGUGUGUGGUCUAUUUGAAACAAAUUUAUAACUUGAAAAAGAUUUUGUGUAUGUCAUAGCAAUAUACUGUUAGGUUUUUCGAUCCAUAAGAAGCAAAUUUAUACCUGUUUCUGAAUUAAGCACAAAUAAAGAACAGCUGUUAAUAUUUUUUUAAGGAUAUUUUAAAAUGUGAUUUUAUAUAACUGAAGAAAAAGUCGUGCUAAUUUUACCUAAUGUUUCAUCAUUAAUCUCAGGACAACUUACUGCAGGGCCAAAAAAGGAAUCGUCUCCCAGGUAGGACCGUGAGAGUGUAUGUAGGUGUUACGUGACUGCAUUUUCUAUUUCCAUCUUUGACAUGAUAGAAUCAUAAAUUUUGGUUAAGUGAUUUAUAAAUCUAAAACCUGAAGAUGUUUUUAAAACAAUAUUAACAACUGUUAGAUUUUAAAAGCCUAGCUGAACAUUUGUCUCCAGUCAUCAUACGUUGCUUCAGUGCGAUCACGGUACUUUUUCCUCAGUGUUUUCUGAUCACAGUCCUGGGAAGAAGGAAAGGACUCAUUGCUGUGUGCGUUUAGCAGAUUUGGCUGAACUGCUAACUAACGUGGGAUUUUAUUAGUGUCUGAGGGAUUCGAUGGCUCUGUGAAAUGUUCCCAUUAAUAAACACUUCUUAGUCUCAUUGGCUCUACUGAUAUUUUCCAAUUUUGUUAGUAUGUUAGCUGUUUAUAGCUUGAAUUAUACAGAAAGUAAACUGUGGCAAAUAACUUCAUUUAAUUGGAAGAAAUUGGGAGUAAUUAUGACACAAAGCACUUACAUUUUAUUUACUAGCGAGUUGGAUUCUCCUGGACCUGUGCUCUUACAUGGAAGCUGCCAUGCGGUGUCCCCUGCCUAUGACUUAAAAAAGAGCCUAUGCAGCAGCUUAGAUGCUGUGUUCUUGUGAGACAAGACAACUAUGUCACGAAGAAAAAAAAUUGAAUAAAGCUUAGGCCUAUGUCUUUAAAAAUGAAAAAUUUUACUUGAUUCUCAUCUAUGGACUUUUGACAUGUCACUAUGUGGAGUCUUAAAGUUAUAAAUGUUCAAUAUGUGUUUUGAACAAUAUGCUAAAUCAAUAGCAGACCCACUGCCGUGUUAUUCAGGAUAUACUAAAAAACAUUAAGCUAGAUUGCAGUUUAAUAAUUAAACUGUAUAUACUGUGCAUAUAAUGAAUUUUUAUCUUAUGUAAAUUAUUUUUAGAACACAAGUUGGGAAAUGUGGCUUCUGUUCAUUUCGUUUAAUUAAAGCUACCUCCUAAACUGUAGUGGCUGCCAGUAGCAGAAUGUUAAAUUGUGGUUUAUGUACUUUUCUGCAUUGUAAAUAGUCUUGGUUGUACAUUGUCAGUGUAAUAAAAACAGAAUCUUUGUAUAUCAAAGUCAUGUAGUUUGUAUAAAAUGUGGGAGGGAUUUAUUUACAGUGUGUUGUAAUUUUGUAAGGCCAACUAUUCACAAGUUUUAAAAAUUGCUAUCAUGUUUGUAUAUUUACACAUCUGAUAAAUAUUAAAUCAUAACUUGGUAAAAAUA